AUGAUCUGUGCAAUAUUUACGAAUGUGGCGGGUUUUGAUGCAACAUGCGCUCUUUUAGGAGCUCAGUUAGUUAUUACUCUCAUUAUGGUCAGUAUUAUUCAAAAAUUAACUCCACAUUUUUCUUUGGCAAGAUGGAUCUUAUGUUCUACUGGGUUAACAGGUUACUUGUAUCCAACUGAUCAGCAACUUAGAAUUCUUGCUGGUUUGCCUAAAGAGAAAUCCAAGAAAGGCAAACACACAGAAAAUGGGAAGGUUAGAGAUGUUUUUCAUGUUCCUAGAAAUUUGGAUAUUACGCUUGAGAGUACUAAGGUAACUACAUUAGAUGUAGUACAUUUAAAAUAUUAUACAGAGUACCAAUGGUUAUUGGAUUUUUCUAUCUAUGCUACUGCAGUUUAUAUCAUGACAGAGGUAUAUAAUUAUUUAUAUCCAAUUAAAGAUGAGAUUAAUCUAAGUAUGCUUUGGUGCUCAUUAGUUUUGGGUUUUGCAUUCAAAGUGCUGCUUUCUCUUUGGGUGCAAUAUUUUAAAGGAGAGGAGAGUAUAGGUGAAAGGUCUACAUGUAUUGUAACUGGAUUUGCUUAUCUUCUCAUAGCUAUGAUAAUUCUUAUUGUUGAUGAGAAUAAUCUUGAAAUUGGAUUGGAUAAAGCUUAUGCAAGUUUCAACCAUAGUGCAUCUCUUUUUUUAGACAAUCAAGGUCUUUCUUCUGCAGGACCGGCAUCAAAAAUUGUAGUGAAAUUCUUCCUUGCUUUAUGGUGUGGUUUACUUGGUUCUUUGUUCACUUUUCCUGGAUUGAGAGUAUCAAAAAUGCAUUGGGAUGCAUUAAGGUAUUAUAAAGAUCAAAAGUUAUUAUUAUUAAUAGCAAACAUCAGUUAUGCUUCUCCACUUUUAUUAGUAAGCUUGUGGAUUAAGCCUAUAAGCAGAGAUUAUCUUACAAUGCGAAUAUUUAGUGGUAUGAAUGGACCAUUGAUGACAACUUCAAGCUUUGAGAGUAUGAGAUUAAUUGCAAUUAUUGUUGCAGUUUUAUUAAAAUUUUUAUUAAUGCCAAUGUACUUACAAUCAUAUCUUAAUUUAGCCACACAAAGAUUAGAGAAUCAAAAGAAAGAAGCUGGUAGAAUUACAAACGUAGAUUUACAAAAAAAGAUUGCUGGGGUGUUCUACUAUUUGUGUGUUGUGGCUUUACAGUUUAUUAUUCCGAUAAUUAUAUGUUUAUUUUUUACAUUUAUGUAUAAAACAUUAGGUGGAUAUACGUGGGAAGGAUUUCUACAAGGAUCGUUACUCGAAGAAUGUCCAGCCGAUGAACCACCAAAAUCCGUAUUAAGUGUGAUGAAUGGAGAUAAUAACGAAAAAACUGUUGUGCAAACGGCGCAAGAUUUCCAACUUGCUUUAAGUUCUUUAAAACAGAUAUUCACCGUGGAUGUGUAUAGAGGAUUAUUAGGUUUAGCAAUAUGGUGGAGUUGUUUUGCAUUGUUUGCAACUACCGCUAUGGGUAUGUUUUAUCAAUCAUACUUCUCUAGCAUGUAAAAUAAUAUCAUGAAAGGGAAUAUUUCUCGUCACUUCGCACAAAUUUAUGUCGUUUAUAUCACAGUUGAUUUAUCAAUACUAAAAUCAUUGGAUGAUUUAACAAAUUUAUUUUAAACAUGACAUUUUCUGAGAAUUGUACCUACACUAAGGUAUGCACAAUACUGGCUGUUCAAGGGAAACAUUAAUAUUAACUUUAAAAAUUUUA